AUGCUGCUCAUAGCUCUACUAAGUCUGACCACCUCAGCCGUGGCAAAGGGUUUACGUCCCCACGGUAUAUCAUUAAGUCUCAACGGGAUUGACUACUUUGUGUCGCCUUCGACAGAAACAAAGCUACCUUCCAGCCUUCGUCCUUCAGCUAAGACUGCUGAUUCCUUCGCUUUUACGCCUGUUACAGUGGUUGGCAACAGUACCACUGCACAAGAUGCUCUCAACGCACUAUUUUCCGAAUGGAAGCAGAAGGAUGAUGUUUGGCAAUCUGGGUUCUUGGAAACAGUGAUUGUUAAGAACUCGGUGGCUUGCAAAUCAGGAACCAACAAAUUCCAUUAUGACAUCAAAUCGACGGUCUCAUGCGUAGACUCAUUGGAAAUUCCUCAGGGGCCUUAUUUUUUGAACGCCCACAGUGGAGAUCUCCAUAGAGUAUACCGACUUUAUGAUGAUUUCUCAGGAACAUUCGCCGAGUCACUUCUUCACCUCUCGGACGGCGAGUUCCAAACUCUCUCAGCACAUAUGUCCAGCAGCGCUUCUCUCACAAUUGGCGUCCCAUCGCGCCUCUAUUAUACACGCACCAAGGAGCAGCCAUUGGCAGGUGUGCGAGUUGCAGUCAAGGACCUAUUUGAUAUCGAGGGCGUCAAAAGCUCGCGAGGAAACCGUGCAUGGUAUAACCUCUACCCUGCGGCCAAUAAAACCGCACCAGCUAUCCAGAACCUGAUCGACGCUGGAGCCGUCAUCGUUGGAACGCAGAAGCUUUCUCAGUUCGCCAAUGGUGAGAACCCUACAGCAGACUGGGUCUCUUACUCGGCUCCCUUCAAUCCCCGUGGAGACGGUUACCAAGGUCCUUCCUCGUCUUCAUCGGGGGCAGGAGCCUCCGUGGCAUCUUAUCCGUGGUUAGAUAUUGCCGUUGGAAGCGAUACUGGAGGUUCUAUCCGCGGGCCCGCUGGUGUUACUGGAGUCUUUGGUAAUAGACCUACACAUAACCUCGUCACUCUUGAUAACGCAAUGCCUCUAUCACCGGCCAUGGAUACAGCUGGGUUUCUUACUCGCGAUCCGGAGCUUUGGGGAUUAGCUCAGGCCGCGAUGUACGGGGAGAACUACACGACCUUCUCUGAAGAUGUUCAGUAUCCACAGGUCGUAUAUACUCUGGGUUUCCCGGAUAACAGCACGCCAAAUGGUGCAAUAAUCCAUCGAUUCGCAAACGAUCUCGCCGAAUUCCUCGCUACGAAUGUUACAGAGUAUGAUUUGGACCAAGAUUGGGCUUCCACGGCGCCAGAGCCUGUUCGAGAUCUUCCCUUAACAGACUUUCUCAACAUCACUUAUCCUGCGCUCAUCACCAAGCAGCAGAUCGCACUAAUUAAGAAACCAUUCUUCAGAGACUAUGCUGCCGCUCAUGAGGGCCGACAGCCAUACAUCAACCCAGCUCCCAGUGUGCGUUGGGCCUGGGGUGAGAGUCAACCAGACUCCAUCCUCGACAACGCCCUGAAGAACAAGACGAUCUUCAUGAACUGGUUCAACGGGCAGGUUCUUCCAAGAGACGAUGACCCACAGAGAUGUUCCUCUAGAAUUCUUCUCCACACUGAAAGCACCGGAAGCUUUGGUCGCCGCGAUGUUUACAAGGAUCCUCCUAGGGUUCCUUUCGGUUGGUCUCUAAGUAAGCUGUCCAUCUUCAGCGAAGCGCCGGAUAGCGUCUAUCCUCUUGGAGAGGUUCCGGGCUUUAGCAAUAUUACCCACCAUGAGGAGAAUCUACCUGUCACUGUUGAUAUCAUGGUAGCCAAGGGUUGUGACGGCCUCAUCCCCAGAUUAGCUCAGGACCUGGUGGCGCAUGGGAUUUUGGAAGUGCCCAAAACUGGGAGGAGCCUGUCAGGUGGAUCUGUGUUAUUCUAG